AUGUUUAUAAUUAAUGUACUCUCACUAAUUAUUCCUAUUCUCCUAGCUGUAGCCUUCCUAACCCUAGUCGAACGAAAAGUGCUAGGCUAUAUGCAACUCCGCAAAGGACCAAAUGUCGUAGGACCAUACGGCCUACUUCAACCUAUCGCAGAUGCUGUAAAACUCUUUACCAAAGAGCCUCUCCGACCCCUUACAUCCUCCAUAUUAAUAUUCAUCAUAGCACCAAUCCUAGCCCUCACACUAGCCCUAACCAUAUGAAUCCCACUACCCAUACCAUACCCGCUCAUUAACAUAAACCUGGGAGUACUAUUUAUGCUAGCUAUAUCAAGCCUAGCUGUUUAUUCCAUCCUAUGAUCAGGAUGAGCCUCAAAUUCAAAAUACGCCCUAAUCGGAGCCCUACGAGCCGUCGCCCAAACAAUCUCAUAUGAAGUCACACUAGCCAUCAUUCUCCUAUCAGUACUACUAAUAAACGGAUCCUUCACACUAGCCAUACUAAUCACCACUCAAGAAUAUAUAUGACUAAUCAUUCCUGCAUGACCCCUAGCCAUAAUAUGAUUUAUCUCAACCCUAGCAGAGACCAACCGAGCCCCAUUCGACCUGACAGAAGGAGAAUCAGAACUAGUCUCCGGAUUCGAUGUAGAAUAUGCAGCAGGCCCCUUCGCCCUAUUCUUCCUAGCAGAAUAUGCCAACAUCAUCAUAAUAAAUAUCCUCACAACAAUCCUAUUCUUCGGAGCAUUCCACAGCCCUUAUAUACCAGAGCUAUAUACCAUUAACUUUACAGUAAAGACCCUUCUCCUAACAACUACUUUCUUAUGGAUCCGAGCAUCCUACCCACGAUUCCGAUAUGACCAACUAAUACACCUCCUAUGAAAAAACUUUCUGCCUCUCACCCUAGCCCUAUGCAUAUGACAUGUAUCCCUACCUAUCAUCACAGCAAGCAUCCCACCUCAAACAUA